UUUCCAUGCCACCAUGUAAUCUCCACUCAUUAUAUUUCUUGCUUAAAGUUUUCCUUCUUCCUUAUCCUUCCAAGUCCCCUCUCCUUCUCUCUAGAAGUUUAGAGAGAAUGGAGCAAUUAAGUCUCGCCUUCCCUUUCUAUCUAUUCCUCCAAUCUCUACAGGCUUAAAUUUGAAUUGUGUGUCCUACGAACUCCCUAAAUAGUUGGAUCUCUCUCUCUCUCUCUCUCUCUCACUUCAUCUACUGUCAAUUGAUCAUCCCUCUUUCUCCAUACAUGUCAAAAACUUGAACUUAGGUGUCCCAUGGGCUCCAGAGUUCUUUGAUUUAUCACCCCCACCACACAAAUCACACACACUUGGGUGUUCCAUAGAGUACCUCCAAGCUCCAUACAAGAGUUUGAUCUCUCUCUCUCUGCGCCUCCCCCCUCACCCACCCCACCCACAGGUAUCCAUCUCUCUUUCUAUUAUCUACGCAAACAUAAAAUUUUGAAUUGGAUGUCCUACCAAACUCCAUGAAAUAGUAUGAUCUCUCACUCUGAGCCUCUCGUUUCAUCUCUACACACAUCCAAGUUUGAAUUUUAGGUAUCAUUCUACAAACUCCACAAGCCUGCAGGUUGAUCCGACUACUGCUUCCCUUUUCUCUAGUCUACAACGUAGGUACUCGAAUUGGGUCCCCUACGAGCUCCUUAAAGGCCUAGACCUUCAAUCUCAUCUCCUGUAGCUGUCUCAAAGAUUAAUUCACUCCCCUCCCCAUCCCCACACCAAUCAAAUCACCAUCACCACCAUGGUUUGAUCCAACAUGGAGGGCGACGCCACCGGAGGAUCCCGAAGGCCCAAUUUCCCCCUCCAGCUCCUUGAGAAGAAGGAAGAGGACUCCUGCUCCAGCUCCGGCUACCCGUCCCUCGCCAUCUCCUCCGACCCCUCCACCGCUGCCGGUGGCAGCGGCAGUGGCGGCCACGAGCUUGCCACUGACCCCCUGCGAAAGGCUCCCCCCAAGCGGAGCUCCACCAAGGACCGCCACACCAAGGUCGAGGGCCGGGGUCGCCGCAUCCGCAUGCCGGCCCUCUGCGCAGCACGGGUCUUCCAGCUCACCCGCGAGCUCGGCCACAAGUCCGACGGCGAGACCAUCGAGUGGCUCCUGCAGCAGGCCGAGCCUGCGGUGAUCGCCGCCACCGGCACAGGCACCAUACCUGCCAACUUCACCUCACUCAACAUCUCCCUCCGCAGCUCCGGCUCCAGCAUAUCCGUCCCCUCCCGCCUCCAUGCCAACUACUUCAGCUCUGCCACCGGCCUUACGCCUCCACCACUCCGGAUCGGCGGCUCCGGUUUCCCCCCUGAGGGCCCUUCGUCAUCCUCCUCGUCCUUGCUCCUCAAUUUCAAUUCAGGCAGUUGCAUCGGGGCCGACACACCGUCGGACGCCGACAUUGGCGGUAACAUGCGGAAGCGCCGGUGGGAGCAGGAGCUUCAACAACAUCAUCAUCACUUGCCACAGCAGCAGCAGCAGCAACCGCUACAACACCAGAUGGCGAGCUACAGCCAGGCGAGCCACGGCCAAAUACCGGGCACCUUGUGGAUGGUAACAAACCCUAACAGCCAAAAUGCGAGUGGUGAGUCGAUAUGGACGUUCCCACAGAUGGGCAGCACCACAAUGUUCCGAGGAUCCAUGUCUAGUGGCCUGCAUUUCAUGAAUAUCCCUACCCCUAUGGCUCUACUGCCAGGUCAGCAGCUAGGCCUCGGCUCGGGCAGCGGCGGCGGCGGCGGCGGAGGAGGAGGAGGAGGAGGAGGAGGAGGCUCCGGCGAGGGGCACAUGGGAAUCCUUGCUGCUCUCAAUGCGUAUCGGCUGCCGCCGAGUGCUUCCGACCAGGUGCAGACCAGGUCCCAGCAAGCGCAUGGCGGAGGCGACGGCCGGCAUGACACGAUGAGCACGAGCGAAUCGUAGGUUCGGUUGGUCUCGCGCCCAUGCAUGCGAUGAUGUUGCUCUCGAUCUUUCUCUUCUGUUCUUAUUUAAUCCUAUCAUUUUUCUAUCAUCUUCGAAUCUCAUAUUUCUCUGAAGUAUAAAACAUGCUCGCAGUAUACAUGCAAACCAUUCUUUUUGUGUGUGUGUUAGUGAGAGGUAUGGAUUUUAGAGUUUUAGCUAGGGUUUCAAGUGAGGCAGGAGAAGAGUGAGUGUUGAUGGUUUCCAGAGAGUUUCAAGUUAGGGUUUCUUUUUCUUUUUGUUCUUUUUUUGUUCCUUUUGUUUUCUUUUAUUUUUUUCGGAUAUGGUGUUGAGUCUUUGGUUCAACAAAAUUCAGUGCUGUGACACAUUUAUCAUAUUCUCGUCAUAUCAUUUUUCCUUGUUUCUCCAUUCCCAUUUCCAUCCUUGGGAAUAUUACGUCCAUGAAUUUUUGAUCUUUAACCAGCCAUAAUUUACUAAUUGCAAUGCAUUCAGACACCUUUUUUUUUUUUUUUUGUGUGUGUGUGAGAGAGAGAGAGAGAAACCAUUCAGCCUUUCAGGUCAACAGGAGAUAUAUAUAGAGAUGGAGAAACAGUUGCGAGUGAUGACAGUACACAGAAGAGAAGGAUCCUGAAGUUCCUAGCGAAUGAAGACCCCAAGAUCCAUCGAGUCCAACAGUCAGUGAACUUAAAAUUCUUAACUCAUAUAUAGGGUCAUCUGAUCAAUGAUUUCCUGGCCCUAUAGUUCCAUGGGUCUUUUUUAAUUUGUAAAACAUAUAAGAAACUCUUUUGUUUAUAUUUGUUAAUACUCAUACCUACUA